ACCAUGGCAAAUCAGACAGAAUCAAGGGCUGAAGUCUUCUGGCUGAAUGGAAAAAUAAUGAAGCGAGGACCAAGAUGGUUUCCCGACUCUUUGAAAAAGAGACAAACAAAGUGCUACUGGUUGAGUGGGACAAAGUGACCGUGAACGGUUGCCACUUUAUCACAGCCUCAUUAGUUGAAUCUUGUAGGUGCUGUUGUUGUUUGCUGACUGGCUGACUGCGGAUGGCUGUGAAACUCGGUUCAAUGCAUUUAUCCGAUCCACCGUCGACAAGAAGAUGGGUACUGCAAGCUGCCAUCACUCAUUCAUAGACAGCAGCGAUGUCGGCGGCCCAUAUAAAAACUAGUUUACUUGAAGUCCCGGUUUCCUAGCGAUAAGACUGUACAUUAACAUGAAACUAAUCGCUGUGGGUCUACCUUUGUUGGUAACAACGAAUGCAAAACGCGAUAGGUAUGCGUCACGACAUCCUCUAUGGGGUGGCCCCCCAAAAUCGUUUAUUCCUUACACGGUUGGAACAUGGAUAAAACAUUCCCAGGAAAAUAAAGUCAUUCUAUUGCAGCCACAAAUACGCUGGGUCAUCUGGAACCAUUCAAGAUUUGUGUAUGUUUAUGGACCGCCUGUUUUUUUUAGUAACGAAAAAAAAAAAAAAAAUUCAAGCCUAUGUACCGUAGCAUUGUUGUUUUUACUUGUUCUCGGUAUUGGUUGCCUUGUUUAUUUCUUCCGGUUUAUGCAAGAAGAAACUUUGGUGAUCGGACAUCUGUUAAGUGUACGUAGUACACAAUUCGCCAUCACAACCCGAAAAAAAAGCAAAGAAAAAAGUUACGGUUGCACAUUUUCAUUCAGACAAUGGCAUAUGAUGAGUGGCCUUUUUUCAUUUAGAAACCUGCAAAUGACAUCUGCUGACAUCAAAGUAAAUCCUUCUCGAUCACUAGCACUCUAUUUCUCUGUCAACCCACACUCUAACCACUUGUAAUCUGCUAUUCACUGAUCAUGGACAUUCAAUCCAAGAAUGGUUAUACCGUGAACUCGUUUGUUCGUGAAUCUCACGUUCGUCUUACCUGGAUUGCCUUCUUCACUCUGUGGGUUCUUUGGGGCCUGGUCUACUUCUUACGCCACGCUUUAUCGUGCUGC